CAACUCUCGAACUCCAACAUAACAUAUAUACACAACUGCAUAAAGUCAAGGCAAACCAUAUCAUGAAAAACCAACUUAUGUUCUUAUCCAUGUUCCUUUCGUUUCUGAUUCUUCCAACCGCUAGCCAAAAACAUGCAUGUGGCUCUGCCAAGACUAGCAACUUUCCAUUUUGUGACACUUCACUAUCUUAUGAGGACAGGGCAAAGGACUUGGUGUCACGUUUAACACUUCAAGAAAAGACACAACAACUAGUAAACCCUUCUGCAGGUAUUUCGCGGCUUGGUGUUCCUGCUUAUGAAUGGUGGUCAGAGGCUCUUCAUGGUGUCUCAAACUUGGGGCCAGGAACACGUUUUGACAAGAAGGUGCCAGGUGCCACUAGCUUCCCAGCAGUGAUACUAUCAGCUGCAAGCUUCAAUGCAAGUUUGUGGCAGAAGAUGGGGCAGGUUGUGUCAACCGAGGCUAGAGCCAUGUACAAUGUGGAUUUGGCUGGCUUGACAUUUUGGAGUCCUAAUGUGAAUGUGUUCCGUGACCCUAGGUGGGGGCGUGGCCAAGAAACUCCAGGGGAGGAUCCCUUGGUGGUGUCUAGAUAUGCUGUUAUGUAUGUUCGUGGCUUACAAGAAGUGGAGGAUGAAGCAAGUGCUAAAGCUGAUAGGCUUAAGGUUUCAAGUUGUUGUAAGCAUUACACUGCUUAUGACCUUGACAAUUGGAAAGGCAUUGAUCGCUUCCAUUUCGAUGCAAAGGUGACAAAGCAAGACUUGGAGGACUCGUACCAGCCUCCGUUCAAGAGUUGUGUGGUGGAGGGCCAUGUUAGCAGUGUUAUGUGUUCUUAUAAUAGGGUGAAUGGGAUUCCUACAUGUGCUGACCCAGACCUUCUCAAAGGGAUAAUCAGAGGCCAGUGGGGUCUAGACGGAUAUAUUGUUUCAGAUUGUGAUUCAGUGGAAGUCUAUUACAAUGCAAUUCAUUACACUGCUACUCCUGAAGAUGCAGUGGCUCUUGCGCUGAAAGCAGGUUUAAACAUGAACUGUGGCGAUUUUCUUAAAAAAUACACUGCAAAUGCUGUAAACUUGAAAAAAGUAGAUGUAGCAACUGUAGACCAGGCCUUGGUGUACAACUACAUAGUCCUGAUGAGAUUGGGCUUCUUUGAUGACCCCAAGUCACUUCCAUUUGCAAACCUUGGACCAUCCGAUGUAUGUACUAAAGACAAUCAGCAACUGGCUCUAGAUGCUGCAAAGCAGGGAAUAGUUUUGCUGGAAAAUAAUAAUGGAGCUCUUCCCUUGUCCCAAACUAACAUUAAAAAAUUGGCUGUGAUUGGACCAAAUGCCAAUGCCACCACAGUUAUGAUUAGCAACUAUGCCGGCAUACCUUGCCGCUACACUAGCCCUUUACAAGGACUACAGAAGUACAUUUCUUCUGUAAAUUAUGCACCUGGUUGUAGCAAUGUUAAAUGUGGCAACCAGAGCCUCAUUGCAGCAGCGGUUAAGGCAGCAGCCUCUGCUGAUGCAGUGGUGUUGGUUGUGGGAUUAGACCAAUCUAUUGAAGCAGAGGGCCUGGAUAGAGAGAACUUGACAUUACCUGGUUUUCAAGAGAAGCUUGUGAAAGAUGUGGCUGGUGCUACCAAAGGAAAAGUGAUUUUAGUCAUAAUGGCAGCUGGUCCAAUUGACAUUUCUUCCACUAAAAGUGUUAGUAACAUAGGGGGGAUAUUGUGGGUUGGUUAUCCUGGUCAAGCUGGAGGGGAUGCCAUAGCCCAAGUGAUAUUUGGAGACUACAACCCAGGUGGUAGGUCUCCUUUUACAUGGUAUCCACAAUCUUAUGUUGAUCAAGUGCCCAUGACAGACAUGAACAUGAGAGCCAACAGAAGCAGAAAUUUCCCCGGAAGAACCUACAGGUUUUAUAAUGGGAAUUCCCUCUAUGAAUUUGGUCAUGGAUUAAGCUACUCCACAUUCUCCAUGUAUGUUGCAUCUGCUCCCUCCAGCAUAAUGAUAGAAAACACAUCCAUUUCUGAACCACAUAACAUGCUCUCUUCCAACAACUCAGGCACCCAAGUUGAGUCUCUCUCUGAUGGUCAAGCCAUUGAUAUUUCCACCAUAAACUGCCAGGACUUGACAUUUUUGCUUGUCAUUGGUGUGAAGAACAAUGGACCCUUAAAUGGAUCUCAUGUGGUCCUAGUGUUCUGGGAGCCAGCAACUUCAGAGUUUGUGAUUGGUGCUCCAAUUAAACAACUUAUAGGAUUUGAAAGAGUACAAGUUGUGGUGGGGGUGACAGAGUUUGUAACAGUGAAAAUUGAUAUAUGCCAACUGAUAAGUAAUGUGGAUAGUGAUGGCAAAAGAAAGCUGGUCAUUGGACAGCACACCAUUUUGGUUGGAUCUUCCAGUGAAACUCAGGUUAGACACCACAUUGAUGUCAAACUUUCUGGGAGUAUGAAUGGAAAAGAAUUCAUGUCUGAAUGAAUCCAGUAAGAGAACUUUGCUAGCAGCUACAAGUCAUAGCAAUAAUACGAUGAGUUUGAUAACAGUAUGUGGAAGUGGAAGAUAUGAGAUAUCAUAUGUAUGAUGGAUCAUAUACUAUGUAUUAGAUAUUACUAAUAAAAAUACUAUGUAUUAGACAUAACAAAUACAAAUCAUAAUGGCAAAAAAUAAAUUUUAAUUUAA